AUGAACAGCUGGCUAAGGAAUAUUCAUCUCAAAGAGUUAGACCUGGUCUCUCCAUGCUCGUACUGCAUCAGGACAAACAAAAUCUGCGGUCUGAACCCUCACUGGGGCCAAGGUCAUCGUCUAACGGACGUCCAGGGCUUUUCAGGCUCUAAAAAUAUUGAACUGGAUGAUGAACGACGCCGAGACAAAAGGCAGCGAAUCCAACCACCCGAAAAUGAGAUCGAGGCAUCAGUAACACCCAUUGGUAUGGUGAAUUGCCAAAAUGCAUCCAAGGAAUCCUUACAUGCGCCUCGCGCAGAAACUAGCGUGGCUGGUUGGGACGCGCUGUCCACGCCUGUUCCCCCUCGUUCCAUUGGCCAUUCAACCUUCAUGGGGGCUCUUGUGGGAUAUGAAAAUUGUUCGCACCCAGGGGACUCGGGACAAGUGAACGGCAUAGCUCUAUCUGACAACGAGCACGUGGACCAGACCGAAUAUAACGGUUUGGAUAGCCUCAUGGAUUUAGAAAUGGGCGAUUCCGCCUCUAACGAUUCUCACUACUUGGACUUCAAUUCACAGGGCCUCAUUCCUGGUACCUCCCCAACGUCUUUGUCCAAUCCUAAUAAUCCCGCUUAUUCCAUGUCUUCGGCGUGGGAGGGGAGGGGCCAAAGCGAACCACGGAGAGGGCACAAAAAACGGAAAGAUCUGAGAAACUCGCAAGACUACUUUGUCAUGCCGCUGUCUUUACUUGGUGCAGAUCAUAUUGCUAUGGAAAAUUCCAACCGCCUACUCAUAUCUGAGAGCCUUCUGCAAAUUUAUCAUGAUGUUCUAGAGAACAACCUGAGUUGCUGGUUGGCAGAAGAUACGUGCCCAUACAAGAUGCGGCAGAGGUGGCACGAGCACCUCUCCGUCCACCAGCCCGUCCACCAAAAUUCGGUUAUAGGAGGGCAAAUAACACAUGAAUGGGGCGUGUCAUGGUCAAACCGCAUGUACCAUCGCAUCAAACAGCUUGACCGAUCCGCCCGGUUGACAAAACUGAUUCAUCUCACUGCAUCUGAAAAUCAAGCGGCUUCUAAGGCCCUCGAGUUAUCUAUUAUGACAUUUGCCACGCAGUGGGCCCAAGGGGGACGGCGCUGGGAUGGUCAUUGGGUUGUAAAUAGGCAUGAAAACGAAGGGCCGCACGAUGAAUUUGGGCAAACUCUACAUCGAUCCGUUUGGGAAUGUGCAAACCAGGCGCUUCAAGAUGUCUCCCACGUGGAGUGCUUCAGGGUGGUUUUCGCUGAACUGAUUUUCGGUCUUAUACAGAAGCCAUCAUCAAACAAAUAUUUUGAUGCGCGCACAGAGGAGAUUCAAAGCACUGCGGAUCAGCACAACAGUUUGAAGUCUUCAACGCCAUCACGGAUCAUGGAAAUCAUCGAUCAGGGGGGACCGCCCGUGUUUAUAGAGCGAGGGGCUCGCAAAAUCCACGCGCUCAAAUACCGAUUCAAAACGCGCCAGACAAGCUUUCAAGGUUCUUUCCACAACCACAACACCAAAACAGAGGACCAUGUCUCUCAAGGGUUCAGCACGGAGGAGACCCGGACGGUCGGCCUCUUGUACUGGCUCGCAAUCAUGUUUGACACGGUCUCUUCAUCCAUGAAUGAGCGGCCACUCGUUGUUUCUGAUGAAGAAUGUCAACACGAAGCUGCACAGGAAGCAGUGCGACAUCAUAUUCAGAACCCAAUCUCUAGUAGUCGAUGGGAACUUGACCUCUACGCCCAAGAGGAUACGGAGAAGGCAUCAACCCUGCGUUGGCCUUGCCCGUACGAGGUUGUGACGAGAGCCGUUUCCAGGUCAGCCGCUGUCAAGGUGCUUCUCUUCCGUUACAUAUCAUAUCUUCAGAACUCUUUGAGAAAUGCUGAGUGCAGCCAAGUUGUGGAAGAAAUUAUUCAACACACGUUACGUGUGUAUCGCUACUGGGUAAAGACUCACGGGGCUUUAUUCCGUGAUCUGAUGCGGCACUACGAUUCAGUCCCUCCGCGGAUUAAGAGCUGGUUUCCGUGUAUUGGUAUCCCCUGGCAUCUUGGUUCACUCAUGCUGGCCGACCUGAUCGAGUUCGUGGAUAUGAACAGACUUGGUUGCAAUGACGCCAUGAUAGAGCGGCAGGACACCUGCAUGGUAAUGAAAAUCCGGAAAGAAAGCUCAAUCGACAUGGCAGACCUUGCCGCUGUCCUGACGCCUCGGCCUUUGGGGGGAUUGGUUUAA